GGUGACCGGAGCUGGGCGGAGGAGCAGGAUGUUGGUGUUAGUGUUAGGGGACCUGCACAUCCCACACAGGUGCAGUGGUCUACCGGUGAAGUUCAAGAAGCUGCUGGUUCCAGGAAAGAUUCAGCACGUCUUGUGUACAGGAAACCUCUGCACCAAGGAGAGCUAUGAUUACCUCAGGACUCUGGCUGGGGACAUCCACGUUGUUAGGGGGGACUCUGAGAGCCUGAAUUAUCCUGAAGAGAAGGUUGUAACUGUCGGGCAGUUCAGAAUCGGGCUGAUUCACGGCCAUCAAGUUAUUCCCUGGGGUGAUGUGGCCAGCCUGGCACUGCUGCAGAGGCAGCUGGAUGUGGACAUUCUCAUCUCAGGACACACGCACAGAUUUGAAGCAUUUGAACAUGAAAACAAAUUCUACAUCAACCCGGGAUCAGCUACAGGAGCCUACAGUGCUUUGGAAAUGAACAUCAUCCCUUCAUUUGUACUGAUGGAUAUCCAGGCUUCCACAGUUGUGACUUAUGUAUACCAACUAAUUGAGGAUGAUGUGAAAGUAGAAAGAAUUGAGUUCAAGAAGUACUGAAUCAUGUUCAAACCUGCUUGUUGACUUCUCACCGCCUUUCAUUCCUUCUCUGUCCAGUUAAGCGGAGGCAGGCCACGGGGGGUGCUGCUGCUGCGGCGUGUUGGACUGUAAAGCGGCCACAACGCUUUCUUGCUUUUGAGCUUGUAAAAAAACGUUAGUCUUGGUUCCCAACCAGAACCUGGAGCAGAUGAAACUGCUGAUUAAGAGAGAGAGGCCUGUGGAAAAUAUCCUGUGUCUAAGGAGGAGCUGCCGUGUUCCUGGCCUAAGGGAGUCACAGAGGGUGGUGGUAGCUUGGCAUUGAACCUCUUCUGUAAAAUGACCAUAGAAUAAUAAAUCCCUGUCUUCAUGUGUCUGGGUCCUACUCAUUAUGCUUCUAAAAGCUGAAGGGGGGCUGCAAUUUGGUGUGAGGGGGCU